UGGAACCGUGCUCUCAAGGAGCUAACUACUUUGUUUAUCGAAAUGAUUGGUAUCUGGUUGAUUUGGAAGCUUCCCAAGUGGGUCGUUGUGGUUUCUUCAUUAGCUCUUCUCAAGUUUAUACCCCAUCCCCUUGGUAAAUCAUCGAAAAAGGUGGUACCAGAAAACAUUUUAUUUGAUGAUCUGGUAGGUCUUGAAGAUGCCAAACCUCUAUUUCAAAAGAUUUUGCAUAGAGUUCGUAAACGUAAAAACAAGAAACUUGAGAUAGGAAUAUUGGACGUGGUUCUUCUCUAUGGUCGUAAAGGAACUGGGAAAAGUACAUUGGUCCAUGCUCUAGUCCGGGAAGCCAAAGCUCCUUUUUUCCCUAUAUCGGCACGUGAUAUUGCAAGGUCAGAAGCAUGA